AUGGAAGGAAGAAAAAGUGUCGCAAACAAUUCGUCGACUACCUCUGCAGUUAAAGUUCCUACAACUUAUGUCUCACCAUUUUCAAAACCCUUACGACCUCCUAUAAUACCAAAGCAACUUCCUCAUACAAUUCAAGACAAUUUGUCCAACAAUAUGCAUUUGCACAAAGAAACAGCUCAGCCAACAGGUCAGGCAACAACAACUAUCGGAACAGAAGCAUUUUCAGAAGAAGUUCAUACCAAUCAGACUCCAAUCGAACAUACAGAAACACAUCCAAUCGAACAUACAGAAACACAUUCUGCAAUGACCACUAGGUCGCAAACACGAUAUCUCGCCUUUUGCAAACAAUUUAAGUCUCAAAUUCAAGACACACAAGAUAGCGACACUCCUCUUUCAGAGAAAGUUCGUAGAAAAUACGCAAAGAAAAGGUUAGAAUUGUUAGAUAAGUUAAAUGAACAGUGGGGUUCAGAAGACAAUCGAGAUUAUAACGAGAUGUUUCAAGCUGUCAUGGAUGCCAUUCAGCCUCUUGAAAACGAAAUCAAAGACCCUGGCGUACUUGUUGACAUGUUUGCUUCAUAUUUACCCGUUACUGCCAAUCUCAUAGCGUUGCAAGCUAUUGACCAGUUCAUUCACUUGUUUCCAAAGAACUUGCAGAAGCAUUUACAAGAAGUUAAAGUUGCUGAAUUUGUCCGUUUAUAUCCAAAUUCAUACAAUUAUUUGGAAGAAUUGAAUGAACAUGGUGAAAGGUCAUUCUAUUUAUAUUUCUACACAAAAGACAACCAGUCAAAACGACUAUACUGCAUUGAACCUAUGCCUCAAUUCGUAGACAAUUUCCACGUUAUAACAACUGUUGCUUUAGAUAUUCCUGCCAGAGUUCCAUAUGGAGGAACAGUAACUAUCUCAAGCUUUCCCAAGGGCUAUAAAGGAAAGCCUCUCACAAUUGCAAAAUUCACACACAGCA